AAUGUCAACAAAGACUAGCACAAUCGAACGAAACAGUAGUGGUACCUCAAAAUCGGUAAAUUUUUCAGAGAUUUGCUCCCGUGCUUUGAAAGCGCAUUCCGAUUGGCCAGACAAGGAUGAAUUUUUAGACGUUAUAUACUGGGCUCGACAAAUCUUCGGCAUUCUUUUGGGCAUUGUAUGGGGCAUUGUACCAUUAAAAGGCUUCUUGGGCCUAGUGCUAUUCGCGGGGAUCAGCUGCAGCAUUGUCUACAUUUAUGCCAUAAAUUUCCAAGGUAUUGAUGAGGAGGCUUACGGUGGUGCUUGGGAGUUGGUAAAGGAAGGUUUUAUGACAUCUUUCGCUGGUUUCCUAGUGACGUGGAUCAUUUUUUAUACUGGGUUGCAUUAUGAUACUAUAAUGGCUGAAAAGGAGUUAUCGUAAUGCAGUCACACAAAUUUAAUAAUUACCAAUUUGUUGUACAUUAAUGUUAAAGAUAUCAGCAGACUACUUUCGAUAGUAACAAUUUUUAAACCUUCCCGAUAAGACAAUGCCAAAACAAAUCAACUAUGAGGCGGCAAAAACCAUUUACUUUCCCAAGAAUCAGAGCAGAUCCUGCUUUAUGAUGUAGUUGUAAUGGUUUUAACAACUAUUAGUUAAUAAAUUAUUGUAGUAACUAAGCAAGCUUAAAUAAGUUACAAUGAGAUUGGUGCCUCUCAGCAGAUGCGUGCUUGCAUUUCCGAGCAUUUUGUUAUUGUAUGUGCUACUAUCUUACAUUACUACUAUCCACACGAGUUUAAACUUUUUCUAUGAAAAAAAUAAACAAUAGUUCACAUAGCGUUACA